AUGAAUGAGCUCAAGGCCAUCCUGACGGAAGCAAAGGAACUUCGUGAUCUUCUUAGCAUACCACCUGGAAAUACUACAUGUUUAGGGUGUCCAGGCGUACCAACAACCAUUGUUCCUCCGACCACAGUGACAUCACUUUCCACUUCAAAGGUUUUCGGUCACGACAGGGAUCGCGAUCGAAUAGUAGAUUUUCUUCUUGGCAAGACAACAGCUGACGAGGCAAGUUCAACUAGGUACUCGAGUUUGGCCAUUGUUGGAGCGGGGGGUAUGGGGAAGUCCACCUUAGCGCAGUAUGUCUACAAUGACAAGAGGAUAGAAGAAGGCUUUGAUGUCAGGAUGUGGGUCUGCAUCUCACGCAAGCUUGAUGUCCGUCGUCACACAAGGGAGAUUAUUGAGUCUGCAACAAAUAGGGAGUGCCCAUGUUUUGAUACUCUCCAGUGCAAAUUACGUGACAUACUGCAGAAGUCAGAGAAAUUCCUACUUGUGUUGGAUGAUGUUUGGUUUGAAAAAUCUGGCAGUGAGACAGAGUGGUUUCAACUCCUGGAUCCAUUAAUCUCUAAACAGUCGGGAAGCAAAGUUUUGGUGACUUCUCGACGUGCAAUGCUUCCGGCUGCUAUUUGCUGUGAACAAGAACAAGUUAUUCUUUUGGAAAACAUGGAGGAUGCCGAUUUCUUGGCACUCUUCAAGCACCAUGCUUUCCCAGGAGCAAAAAUUGGAGACCAGGUUUUGCGUAGUAGGCUCAAACAUGCUGCAGAGGAGAUUGCUAAAAGGCUUGGAAUGUGUCCAUUGGCAGCAAAAGUUUUGGGUUCCCGCUUAUUUCCAAAAGGUCAUAGAUAUAGACCUAAUGAUUUGGUUCAUCUUUGGGUAGCAGAAGGCUUUGUUGGUUCGUGCAAUUCGAGUAGGACAUUGGAAGAUGUUGGGAUGGAUUACUUCAAUGAUAUGGUCUCUGGAUCUCUCGUCCAAAUGGUUUCUGAAAGGCAUGGUUCGUACUAUGAUUCGUACUAUGUCAUGCAUGAUAUCCUUCAUGAUUUAGCAGAGUCACUCUCUAGAGAAGACUGCUUCAGAUUGGAAGAAGAUAAUGUGACAGAAGUACCAUGCACUGUUCGACAUCUAUCAAUUCGUAUUGAGAGCAUUCAAAACCAUAAGCAAAUUAUCCACAAGUUAUAUCAUUUACGCACUAUUAUCUGCAUUGAUCCACUAACAGAUGAUGCAAGUGAUAUUUUUUAUCAGAUGGUGAACCUGAAGAAGUUAGGUGUAUUGUAUUUGUCAUUUUACAACAGUAGUAAGUUGCCUGAAUCUAUUGGUAGGCUGAAGCACCUUCGGUAUUUGAACCUUAUCAGAACGUUAAUUUCUGAAUUGCCUAGAUCAUUAUGUACUCUUUACCACUUGCAGUUACUUCAGUUAAGCCCAAUGGUGGAGAGGUUGCCUGACAAGCUUUGCAAUUUAAAAGCAAGGAUACGAGUUGUGGCAGCUGAAGGACUUAAUGAGCUUGGUGGCAGUUUAAGUGUAGAACUUGAGAAUGUUUCAGAAAAGGAUGAAGCCUUAGAGUCCAUGCUAUAUCAGAAGAAUCGCCUUAAAAAGUUGCGGCUUGCCUGGAGUAGCGAGAAUGGAAUGGAUGCAGCAGAUACUUUACAUUUGGAUAUUCUAGAAGGUCUGAGACCGUCACCCCAACUUAGUCGCCUCACAAUCGAAGGCUACAAAUCUGGGACAUAUCCAAGGUGGUUACUUGAGCCAUCCUAUUUUGAAAAUUUGGAAAGUUUUAAGCUUAACGGCUGCACUUUGUUAGAAGGCCUACCACCUAAUACUGAGCUCCUACGGCAUUGCUCUAGGCUGUGUCUAAAAAAUGUUCCAAAGUUGAAUAUAUUACCUUGUAUUCCAGCAAUGCUUACAAAAUUGUCAAUUCAGAAGUGCCCACUGCUUAUGUUUGUCUCCAAAAAUGAGCUCGACCAGCAUGAUUUGAGGGGAAAUAUAAUGAAGACAGAAGACCUGGCAUCUAAACUUGCAUCAAUGUGGGAGGUCAAUUCGGGAUCAGAUAUUAGGGAAGUACUUUCAGAGGACUAUUCAUCCCUGAAGCAGUUGACAACGCAGAUGGGUGAUGAUAUAUCACAACAUCUUCAAAUUAUUGGAAGUGGCCUAGAGGAAGGAGGAGAUAUAAUAUUGGUGAAAGAAAAUAUCAUCAAGGCAUGGCUUUUCUGCCAUGAGCAGAGGAUAAGAGUCAUUUAUGGAAGGACCAUGGAGCUGCCACUGGUUCUACCAUCAGGAAUCUGUGAACUUCGUCUUUUUUCAUGCAGUAUUACAGAUGGAGCUUUAGCUAUUUGCCUUGGUGGCCUCACUUCACUGAUAACCUUACACUUGGGUUAUAAUAUGGCAUUAACUGCACUUCCGUCAGAAGAGGUGUUUGAGCAUUUGACAAAGCUUGACAAUUUGACUGUAACAGGUUGUUGGUUUCUCAGAUCACUGGGGGGGCUUACGUGCUGCUCCAUCUCUUUCCAGACUUUAUUGUUAUGA